AUGGCCAGGACCACUGGAGAUCCUGCCAAGCGGCACAGGUGCAUCGCUCGCAUCAAAUUCUGGCGAAGAUCACGCGUUGGCAGCGAUGUCACUCUGGGAAUCAUCAAAUACAGAGUCGUCUCAAAGCCCUCAAGGCGAUUUCAGUUGUCUCAAAUUAGAGCUUGGCUUCUUCGGAUAAGGAAAGAGGAUUACAAAUACAUUGGGUCCUUCCAAGAAGCUAUUAAACCAGUCCUCAUCAUCGCGCAGAUAUUCGCUUUAAUGCCAGUUCGCGGAGUGAGCUCCAAGUUCGCUGAAGAUCUCACCUUCACUUGGUUUGGUAUUCGAACCUAUUACGCCUUGGUCACCAUCCUAUGUUUUGGGGUAACCUCCGGUUAUCUGGUGGCCUACGUCACGAAUGUGUCAUUUAAUUUUGAUUCCGUGGAGACCCUUAUCUUCUAUUUGUCGAUAUUCCUAAUAUCAUUGUCGUUUUUGCAACUGGCCAGAAAGUGGCCAGCACUUGCUCAGGAGUGGCAGUUGGUGGAGGCCAAGUUGCCUCCUCUAAAAUCGCCCAAGGAGCGCAGAUCUCUGGCCCAGCACAUCAAGAUAAUCACCAUUGUGGCCACCACUUGCUCUUUGGUGGAACACAUAAUGAGCAUGCUGUCCAUGGGUUACUAUGUGAACUCCUGUCCCCGUUGGCCGGGUCAUCCCAUCGACAGCUUCCUGUAUUUAAACUACUCCACGGUGUUCUAUUUUGUGGAUUACACCCAUUUCCUGGGACUGCUGGGAAAAGUGGUCAAUGUUUUGAGUACUUUUGCCUGGAACUUCAAUGAUAUUUUCGUGAUGGCUGUUAGUGUGGCUUUAGCUGCUCGAUUUCGGCAGCUUAAUGAUUAUAUGAUGAGGGAGGCCAGAUUGCCCACCAGUGUAGACUUCUGGAUGCAAUGUAGAGUUAACUUCCGGAACCUUUGUAAAUUGUGCGAGGAAGUAGACGAUGCCAUAUCCACCAUUACUUUACUCUGCUUCAGCAACAAUCUGUAUUUCAUCUGUGGGAAAAUCCUCAAGAGCAUGCAGGCGAAACCCUCGAUAUUGCAUACCUUGUACUUUUGGUUCUCGCUAUCUUAUCUACUUGGUCGUACCCUCAUCCUGUCACUAUAUAGCUCCAGUAUCAAUGAUGAAUCGAAGAGACCUCUGGUCAUCUUUCGACUGGUUCCCAGGGAGUUUUGGUGCGAUGAGCUUAAACGAUUUUCUGAAGAAGUUCAGAUGGACAAUGUGGCUCUGACAGGCAUGAAAUUCUUUCGUCUCACACGCGGUGUUGUCAUUUCGGUGGCUGGUACAAUCGUGACCUACGAACUAAUUUUGCUGCAGUUCAACGGCGAGGAAAAGGUGGCCGGCUGCUUUGAAAGCUGAACUUUGUGGGAGGGACAAAAGGCUAAAC